AUGACGGGCCUUUCGUCUUUGCUCCAAAGAUUAUGUAAGUUUCUCUUUCCCGUCCUAGCUGCAUGCGCAACCGUGCACGAGAAUGUUGUUCGAGAAAUCGGCCAGCAUGACCAUGCCGAUCAUGUAGACCAUGUGUAUAUGGAGGUAGACAGCACAGGAAGUGCAAAGACAAGUCCAUUUGCGCAAAAGGAGAAGGGAAAGGAGCACUUCGAGCUACAGGACAACGAGGACGACGAGGACGACGAGGAGGACGAGGAGGAGGAGGAGAGGAGGACGAGGCAGGAGGAGGCGGAGGAGGAGGAGGAGAAGGAGGAGGAGGAGGAGGUUACCGUGCCUGCGGCAGCAUUGAUGUUGGCAAAAAAAACAACGCAGAUCCUGAAAAGCAAGCAAAUGGUGAAGAAGGAUAUGGCCACACAUGUGCAAUUUGUCAGCCCAGAGUCUGCGCCGCUGGCAACCUCAGGCACCGAUCCAUGUUCCACGCUCCAGAACUGCAGCGCGGGCGGUUACCACGAUUGUUCCGGCAGCUUAAAGGCUUCUCGGCAAGAGUCUGUAGCCUAUGGUAGCCUUCAUUGCAGCUGCCAUUUGUUUGAUCCUUGCUGCAUCUUGCUAGUGAUUGCUUUGAACGCCUUGGCCCUUGGCCUGAACUUUUGUUCUCUUGCUCCCCACCCUGCAGAUUUGUUUGCCGAACAGAGAGACGGACAAGUGCGAAAGUGGAGCAGCUUGUCCUUGGGAUUCAGCAUGCUCAUUCUGACUCCUACUCGCACGCGGAAUUUGAAAGAAACAAUGCAACAAAGCAGCCGCUCGAGCCUAGUGGAUUCCGAUGGCAGCUUGAAGAAGUGCAAGGAAUUAACGGAGGACAAAUGCAACGGCUACUAUGCUGCAGACCCUGAGUAUCUAACGACCGGAGUGGGCUAUGAGUGUGGACUUAAGGAAGAUCGCACCUGUGCAGUCAAAGGAACGUGUGGCGUGCAGAAUCCUCCAGAGAGUUUGGGAGAGAAGCAAUGCCGCGCCCCAGAAGUUUUUAAAGGAGCUUACAAUGGCACAUGCCAGACCAAAAGGAUCCGGCCUGGCAAAGAGUGCACCACACAGUGCCAGAAAGGUUUCACGCCUUCCCUCAAGACUUUGAAAUGCGUGGAGGGCGGUGUCCUUGAGCCGAAGUCUUUCUCUUGCAUCGCGAACCCAUGCAGAGUUUUGAAGGUCGACAAUGCCCUCAAGAGCGGCUGCAAGGAGGGGCCUGACACUGGAGAAGCUGUCAUCGAGUCCGGGCUGGCCUGCACUACUCAGUGUCAGGACGGUUUCUAUGCAUCAGACAGCAUUCUCCGAUGUCAUGCCGAGACGCUGACGCCUGCGACCUUUACCUGCGAAGCGCAAUGUGCAGUGCCCACCGUAGCAAACGCAGCUGCUGGUGGUAUUUGCAAGGAGGCAAAAGACAAGAUUAUGCCUUUCACCAGCUGUACGACUCAGUGUGCCACGGGCUAUACUGCCACUGCACCUUCACUGAGCUGUCGCAACGGAGGGUUCUCACCAGCAACGAUAGCCUGCAAUCCAGACCCAUGCCCUGCACCCACUGGGGUGGAGUUUCAUCACAAAACGGGUCCAUGUCAGGACGGCUCCACCAUCACAUCUGGGUCAACAUGUGUGACCCAGUGCCUCGCCGGGUAUACGCCAUCGGUGGCCUCUCUUGCAUGUAAAGCUGCUACUCUCACUCCAGCAACUUUCCAGUGCGUGCCGAACCCAUGCAGCAUCCCUGACGUGAAGAAUACAGCUGGCAGCGGCUGUGAAGGAAUCAAGGGAGAUAAAGUCGACUCUGGAAAGGCAUGCACGACUACUUGCAAGACUGGCUACACUCCAUCGGAAAAGAAAUUGGAUUGCUACGCACAGGUCUUGACUCCUCGCAUCUUUGAAUGUCUGGAAGACCCCUGUCCGAUCCCUUUUGCGAAGAACCAGGAAGGCAGUGGAUGUUUGGGAGUGCCAGGCCGCGUGGACGGUACAGUCAUCGAAUCUGGGGAGACAUGCCGGACAGAGUGCCUAGAAGGUUACUAUGCCUCUGUUGAGACCAUGAGCUGCACGACCGGUACCCUCUCUCCUGCUUCAUGGAGCUGCAUCGAAGAUCCUUGUCCAGCCCUGGAAGGCAUCGCCAACGCACCAAAAUUGACUUGCAAAGAGGGAAAGUCGAUCUUAUCUGGAAAGGUUUGCUCAACUCAGUGCAAAGGAGGAUACACGCCAAACUAUCCAGAAAUGAAAUGCCGCCGCGGCAAGUUCUUCUCUCCCAGCACUUACAUUUGUGAGCCGGAUGCGUGUCCUUUGCCAAAUGUCAGAAAUCGGCUCGAGAGUGGAUGCAGUGGCCUUCCACACCCGGCAGUGGUGAACUCCGGUAGUAGCUGCUCGACACAGUGUUCGCCGGGCUACACUCCUUCCGUUGCGAAUCUGAAGUGCUUCGCUGGUAAACUCACCCCAGGAACCUUCGCGUGCACAGAAGAUCCUUGCGAUGCUCCAAGUGGCAUUGAGGACGGAGCAGCCCAGAGCUGCAAAGAGGGCAAAGUGAUUUCGUCAGGCGACAGUUGCACCACUCAAUGUGCUUCUGGCUACACGCCAUCCAAGUCCACCUUGUCCUGCAGUCUGGGAAAGUUCUCCCCAAGCACUUACUCUUGCAAUCCAAAUCCGUGUGCAUUGCCGCAGUUCAGCAACCGAUUAGGAAAUGGCUGCAAAGGUCAGACUGGAAGAACGAUCGAGUCUGGUGUAACAUGCAUUGCGCAGUGCCAACAAGGCUACACUCCCUCUGAGACAAGCCUCAAGUGCACCGCCACAGUUCUGACUCCACGCACCUUCACUUGCGAUCCAGAUCCAUGCCCCCUUCCAUCCAUCAGCAAGGCCCAGGCAAAUGGCUGCAAAGGACUCAGCGGUAGCAUGAUCGACUCGGGGGCCAAGUGCCAGGCGGAGUGUCAAGCUGGUUAUGCACCUUCAGUGAAGGAGCUGAGUUGUCAGGCCACUAUUCUGACGCCUGCGACGUUUACCUGCAAUCCCAAAGCCUGCAAGCUUCCAAGAGUGCAGUACCAGGCAGGGAACGGCUGUCAGGGAAAGCGUGGAAGCACCAUCGCCUCCGGCAGCACCUGCCAGACUCAGUGUUCAGCUGGUUACACACCGGACAUCGCUUCUUUGAGUUGCUUUGCUGAGCAACUGACACCAACCACCUUCUUGUGCAAUCCUACUCCCUGCACUUUGCCAAGGGUGACAAACAUGCAGGGCAAUGGUUGCAAAGGCAAAGUUGGAACCGUGAUUGCUUCAGGGGCAAUUUGUUCGACGACUUGCGCGCCUGGUUUUGAAGCCUCAGUCGGCAAGCUCACCUGUACAGCCGGUACCCUGUCUCCGGCAAGCUUCACUUGCUCAGAGGUGAGAUGCAGGUCACCGACAGGCCUGCCACAUGCACCUCAUGUCGGAUGCGCAGAGGGAGCGACCAUAGCUGGGGGCAGGUCCUGCACUCCUCGCUGCAACUCCGGCUACAAACCAUCUGCUGCCUCCAUGGCUUGCAGACAAGGCGUUUUUGAGCCGAGUUCCUAUUCCUGCCAGCCCAAUCCAUGCAACAUUCCCUCCAUCAGCAACGCCGCGAACCCCAGGUGCAAAGAGGGAAAUAUCAUCCAUCAUGGCCAGAAGUGCACGCCAAAGUGCAGAACCAACUACGUGCCAUCAAAUUCCGGUUUGACAUGUAUGGCUGGCCGGCUGACUCCUUCGACAUUCACGUGUCAGGCCCCAUGCGCAGCGCCAAAUGUCGUAGAUGCGAACCAGCCAUGCAAGGAAGGAAAUCUGAUUCAGCACGGAGCCUCCUGCACAUCUCAGUGCAAUGCUGGAUUUUCUGCUACUAGCGGCUCUCUGGAGUGCAACAAUGGAAGGCUGAGCGGAAGCGUGGUUUGCCAGAUCGAGAUGCCACAGGUGGGUUCCGGAUUCUACAAUUGUUGGUCUGGCGAUCCACAUUUCACCUGCAGACACGGUCGAAGAAGCGACCCACUGGUGCCUGGUACGCAUUGGGUGCUGAGGCAGUCCUGCCCCAACAGCCCCAAUUUCAUGUGGGUCCAGGGUGUCUAUGGACCCGCCAACCCUUCUGCAACAAUGGCAACUGCAUUUGGUGGGAUAUCGCCCUUUGUGAGUCGUUCCCGUUCCCUGUGCUACUUUGCAAUGAGCCAACUCAAAUCCCCCUUGGAUUGCAAAGUGGAACGGUGCAGAUGUCAGGAGGAAAUGGAAGGUGGCGGGUGGGCACUGGAGACGCCGAAGGGGCAGAGCCCAUUAUCAAUACAAUUAUCGAGGCGCAAAGUAUACCAUCAUCAUGCACGGCAAUCAUAUCGAAGUGGGUUUGAGCUAUGGUGUCACAUACAAGGCUUCUCGACACCACUGGAACCGCCAGAAUUGGAAGAUAAGCGGGAUCUACUACACGGAUUUCUACAUGAACAACCAGUUCUGGUCAAUUUGAGGUGCGCAAGGGGCAGCUUCAAGGGCGAAGCAAUCGAGUUGCCUCAUCACCGUUGGCACUGGCGCCCCGCGGGCGAUGAUAAAAUGGUCUGGGGCGGUGUGGAUUUGUUCCAGAAGAGCCAGGCUCAGAUCGUCGCCGUUUUGGACCAGCUGAAUGCGCAGGGAAGGGCUGCUUUGCUUGAAGGCGAAGACGCGGAGCUGAUAGAAGACAACCUAACCGAGAACGUGACGAUCGAUACCAACUUCAGUGUGAAAGCCGAGUGCACCGGAAAGGCAUUGGAGGAAGCCCAGAAGUCAUGCGCAGUCUUGAAGAAAGAGAAAACAGAGGAGGAGAAAGAGGAGGUUGAAGAAGAUGCAGAAGCAAAGGCAAACCAGGAUGCCACGUACCAGGCAUGCAUCGCAGAUGCCUGUGAUACUGGACAGAAAGAUUUUGGAAAUGCCGGCAAGGAAGAGCAGGAAGAAAGCGAAAUGCAAACGGCCUUGAAGUUCAAGAAGGAGUUCAAAGUCGUUGCUGCAAACGAGGCCUGUAAAGAAGGAUGGAUGCUUACAGACCCGAAUGAGAACAUUCUGUCCGACGAAGAGAAGACCAGGGCUCAGAAAAAGAAGGAUGACUGCACAAAUCCUUGCAAACUUUGUAGGCCCAAACAUCGCCGCUAUCUCGCUGGACCUCUAGUGCUGCACAACGAAACUCGAGCUGCUUGCAUCGCCCAACGACUCGCAAUGCCAAAGUAUCCAGAGGACAUACAACGACUAUGGGCCCUCCAAAAGGAACAUUGCAGUGCAGACAAAGCCUGGGUAGGUGCAAAAUUCAAAGGAGGCGCUUGGAAGUGGGAUGACGAUUCCACCGUCACUGGCGUGGCUGACGCCAAUGAGGGAGAUUACUUAUGCAUAGACAAGGACGAAGGCUCUUUGGUCAAUUGUGAACAUGGCGCAGAUGAGAAGAACGAUGCCCUAUGUGAAGGGGUUUGGUAUUAG